AUGAAAGUUCAUCUUUUUCCAACUUUAAUAUCUUAACUGAUAACCCCCCGUAGUAUUCUUAUAAAUUAUUUUUACUUUUGCUUGAUUUCGAUAAUGGCAGCUGCUGCUGCGGAAACAGCACAUAGAUGACUUGGCCGUGCCCUCUGGCAUUGGAGCGAAUCAGGGAGUUAUCAGAACAUACUCAAAAGGCUGCGUCCCACUCCGAAAGAUACUCCCAUAUCUGAGAUUCGAAGGAGGCUGAAGGAGGACGGUAUAUUUUUAUGAAAGGCCUUAUACCACGCGAAGACGUCUUAAAUGUUCGAAAACAGUACGCCUUCACCCCCCUCUUCCAUUUUCUCACUUUCCACAUCAAAUAAAUACUCACAUAUCACCAGCUACUUCCAGAACUGGGCCGACACCGCGCUCCUCGAACCCGGAACCUCGCCACAGGAAGGCAUCUUCAACUCCUCCGAGAACCCCCUCCACCACGGCGGCAUCGGCGCCGGCGAUCUGCCGCUCAGCGAGAAGGAGGUCGAGACGCUGAUCAGUUCCCACCAUCUCGACAGCUAUCUUCACUUCCUCGACAACCCGACCCUGCGCCAGAUGGUGCGCGACAUCAUGGACUGGAAGAAGGAACUCCUCCUCCGACGCACGAUGUUUGACUACAUCGUUUGGAAACCAAAGCAGCCAAUUCCUACAACCUUGCAUCACCCACCACCAGACACCAACCCCCCUCAAAGCCCAUCCCGCGCGGGUGAAAGUGGCUGCGCGAAGGGUGAAGUCGUCUUCGAUGGCGCGGCCGAGGGGGACGGAGUCGGAGAGGUAGAUUAGCCCGCCGCCGUUGGCGGAGAUAUCGCCUGUGUGCUUGAGUCAGCUGUGUGUCUUCGUCGCGUGUCUGUGGACAUCAUGCGGGACUCACCUAGAGGCACCCAAGCAUCACUUCACCCACUUUACCCACUUCACCCACGCCAGCCCUACCGCGUCCGCAAGCGCCCUCACUUCUUCACAUGCGUGUAUGGCUGCUGG